GCCUUAAAGGAAAACAAACUAUGUGAAAACAAUUGCAUGAUCAACAAGCAAUUUAAGUUGAAGAGAUGAAUGUUGCUUGCUACCAAAUCAAAUCAUGAUUCCGCAAUUGCAUCAAGGCAACAGCAUAAUUGCCAUAGUCUCUCCAAUCUUGUUUUAUCAAAAUCUUCCAUUACAGCUGGAAUAUGGGAUCGAACCUGAACAUUUGGUUUUUACGCCUGAAAUGAAUUCCGUUGAAGGAUGUAUGCAUAGCGGACAAAUUGUAGACACAAUCCGACACUUGUAUUUAGGAAAACAGCCGCUUUUGGUGAAACAAUGCACAAGAUGUGGUGGUAAGGCACAAAUACAAAACAUGACAAGGACAGCUGCGAUCAGAGCUUGGGAUCAACGAUGGAUGCGAGCUUGUCGAUGUGGUGGUAUUUGGCGAAUUCACAAAGCUUGUCAAUAAAAAGUGUUUGGCAAUUCUUAAAA